GCACCGCCCCCACCUCAAACCUUCGGCUCCCUAUAUUUUAAACCCGCGCCACUUGCAUUCUUCACGAGAUUUCCUUCAACUUUUUUUUUUUAUUCUAUUCUAUUCUACACAUUUUUAUCUUCUUUUCAUUCUUUCCGUUUCGGAUCAUGAAAAAGUCCACAAACCACAACACACGCCAUAAAAACACAAAAACCCCAAACCCGAAACUUCGCUGUAAUUUCCCCCCCCUCUCUCUCAAAAACAGUUACAACUUGGAUUUGGAUUUGGAUUUGGAUUUCUCCUUUAAAAAGAAUUGAAUUGAAUUCUAUUCACUGUUAGGGUUUUUUCCUUUUGUUUUUGUAAGUUGUGUUGACGAUCAUUAUAAUGGCGGGCGGGAGCACGAGGAGUAUGAUGCCAGGUGGUGAAAUCAUGGCCGUUGGUGAUGGUAAUACUGGAGAUGGAGAGGAGGAGGACUUGUCAAUUGAUGUCGGCUUGUUUUAUACUAUUCUCGAAGAAGAACUACGUGCUUCUCCGAGUGGUAAAGGGGAUAUUUUGGUUGAGAAGUUGCAGGCUGAGCCAGUGCCGGAUACCGGAAAUGGCGGAAUCUGGCAUUUACAAAGUGGGUCUCAGAUGAUAGAAGGGGCAGAUGGAGGGGAUGGAUCUGUGGAUUAUGUCGCGAACUCUAUACACCACCCAGAAGGUUCAGAUGCUAGGUUAGGUCAUUUGGGUGGUUCUUUUGAUUAUGCAGGGAAACAAAUGAGCUCUUCAAUGCAUGCUUACUCUGGAAGUAAUAGAGAGUUUUGUUUACCGUUUCAAGAGGAUCAAGGAACAAUGAGGGAUGGAGUGUUGAAAUCAGAGAUAGCCAGUUGCAGUACAGCAUCUACUACUUUUGCUGAUGGAGUGUCUAGCUGUAUUGCAGAUCAUGCACGUGGUUUGAAUUUAAAUCCUCUUUUGGAUGAAAAUGGAAACCAAUUGAGGCAUGUGGAAGGGAACUUCAAAUCCACAGAUGCUUCACAUGGUUCUUGGAUGGACAGUUCGGAUGAGAAGUUUGGAUCUGGUGAUGCAUUCGUUAAGAAUAGCUUAGAAAUCCUAGAACCUGAAAAUGACAUUGAUAGAUCCAUGGACAUGCAGUUGAUGAAUACAGAUGUUUUUUCACAUGAUAUGAUUUCUCCCAAGUCUGAUGUCUGGCAUUAUCCUGAUUUUCAUACUGAAUUCAGCAAUAAUCAUUCAGCAAUGCAAUUUGGCAUGAACGAAUAUGAUACGCAUUAUACUGAUUCUCCACAAUGCGAUUUUUCCAGUGCUUUUAAUUUUGGAUUAUCGCACAACAAUCAAGAAAUUAAUGAUUUUCAACCUGAGAGUGCAUGCUCUGGAUCAGAGACUUCGAUGAUGCCUUACUCUGAUGUAAACAUGAUGAAUGUUAAAUAUGAAGGUAUCGACUAUAUGCCACCAAUCAGUGGAAAUUUUUCAUCAAGUGCUGAAGAUGGACUUUUUAAUGACAAGGCAUCAGUUAUGCAAUCCAGUUAUAUUCAGUUAGGCAUCAGUGGGGACCAAACAGUUCGUGUAGGUGAUGAAAAAACUGAUGGGUCGGCUGUGUGUAGGAACAUGACAUGGCAGUCUGGUGGAGUUACUGAAGCUCUCGACAGAAAGUGUUCCUGGAGUGAUGGAAAUGGUGCUUUUGUUGACAAAGACAAAAAACAGUCAUCAUCAGGUUUUUUAUCGUCUGUGCAAAGUCAGAAGCAUGUAAUUUACACUAAGGAUGAAUGGGGUUGUGUGACCAUUGGAUCUUCAAGAGAUCAAGUUGAGGGAGUUGUUGGUAGGUUUCCCCUGGACAGUGCAUAUUUGAAUUUAAAUGCUUCAGAGCAGUAUUUUCCCUUUGCUCAGACAUUCAAUAUAAGCAACAAGCAGUUGAGUUGUGGUAAGGAUGAAGAACUGGGUAUACCAAUUCAGUCUAAGGCCUUGGGUUCUCAUCUUUCAAUAGUCAGCCCUGAAUCAAUUGAGAGUAAUUCAUCUGGAAGCAAAUCCCAUGUUGAUGAUGAUCCUGAUAUAUGUAUUCUUGAUGAUAUCAGUCAACCUGCUUGCUCAAACCAAUCUUUUGCUUCUAUAAAGCCCCCAGUUCCUUUGCAACGACCUACAUAUAAUGAUUCACCUCAUCGUUCUGCAGUAGAAGGCACAAGGUUCAGGGCCAAUGAUGAGCGCCUUGUACUUCGAGUUGCACUGCAGGAUCUUGCUCAACCAGAGUUUGAAGCUGUUCCACCCGAUGGUGUUUUGGCAGUUCCUCUCUUGAGACAUCAGCGAAUUGCGUUGUCAUGGAUGGUUCAGAAGGAAACCUCUAGCUUGCACUGUUCUGGAGGAAUUCUUGCAGAUGAUCAGGGGCUGGGAAAGACUGUGUCAACCAUUGCUCUUAUACUCAAGGAAAGAGCUCCUUCUCAUCGAGCGGAUGCUGUGGCUGUUAAGAAAGAAGAGCGUGAAACCUUAAAUUUGGAUGAUGAUGAUGAUGGAGUUACUGAGAUUGACAGAAUGAAGAAAGGUGCCGAUGGUUCUCAAGUUACAUCAAAUCAUAGUUCAACAAAGAGCCUGAACUCUUCUGGGCAAUCCAAGGGAAGGCCAACUGCUGGAACUCUCAUUGUUUGCCCCACAAGUGUCCUGCGGCAGUGGGAUGAUGAAUUGCGUAAGAAGGUAACCACUGAAGCCAAUCUCUCGGUUCUAGUAUACCAUGGAAGCAAUCGAACAAAGGAUCCUUCAGAGCUGGCAAAGUAUGAUGUUGUCAUUACAACAUAUUCAAUUGUCAGCAUGGAGGUCCCAAGGCAGCCUCUGGCUGAUGAAGAUGAUGAAGAGAAACGAAGAAUGGAAGGCGAUGAUGCUCCGCGCCUAGGAUUUUCAUACGAUAAGAAAAGAAAAAAUCCUCCUAGUUCUGGCAAAAAGGGUUCAAAGAAUAAGAAAGGAAUGGAUAGUGCAAUGCUUGAGUCCAUUGCCCGGCCUCUUGCAAAGGUGGCAUGGUUUAGGGUUGUCCUUGAUGAAGCCCAGAGCAUCAAGAAUCACAGAACUCAUGUGGCCAGGGCCUGUUGGGGUCUUCGGGCAAAACGCAGGUGGUGCUUGUCUGGUACCCCUAUCCAAAAUGCAAUUGAUGAUCUCUAUAGCUAUUUCAGAUUCCUCAGAUAUGACCCAUAUGCUGGCUACAAGCUAUUCUGCUCAGCAAUAAAGGUCCCAAUUCAAAAGAAUCCACAAAAAGGGUACAAAAAAUUACAAGCUGUUUUGAAGACAGUAAUGCUUCGUCGCACCAAAGGCACUCUUCUUGACGGGGAACCAAUUAUUAACCUACCUCCCAGAGUAGUAGAACUAAAAAAAGUGGACUUUACAGAGGAAGAACGUGAAUUCUACACCAGACUAGAAAUUGAUUCACGAGCUCAGUUUAAAGAAUAUGCAGCUGCUGGAACUGUUAAACAAAAUUAUGUUAACAUCUUGUUGAUGCUGUUGCGUCUUCGACAAGCUUGUGAUCAUCCUCGUCUCGUCUCGGGUUUAGAUUCAAGUUCUCUAGGUAGUUCCUCAGUUGAGAUGGCAAAGAAGCUUCCUCGGGAGAAACAGUUAUGCCUUCUAAAUUGUUUAGAAGCAUCUUUGGCAAUCUGUGGCAUAUGCAGUGAUCCACCUGAAGAUGCUGUUGUUUCAGUAUGUGGUCAUGUAUUCUGCAGACAGUGUAUCUUUGAGCAUCUUACUGGUGAUGAUAGCCAAUGCCCCGUGUCAAACUGCAAAGUUCGACUGAAUGUGUCUUCAGUGUUUUCCAAAGCUACAUUAAACAGUUCUCUAUCUGAUGAGCCUGGUCAGGAUUGUUCUGGUUCUGAGCUUGUUGCGGCAGUUAGCUCAUCCUCUGACAACCGUCCCCAUGAUUCAUCAAAAAUUAGGGUAGCUCUUGAAGUCCUGCAAUCGCUGACUAAGCCAAAAGAUUGUUUGCCUACAGGCAAUUUGUUAGAGAAUUCUGUUGAUGAAAAUGUUGCUUGUUAUGAUACCUCAUAUGGUUCUAGAGAUUCAGUUAAGGAUGGAAUGGAUAAAAGAUGCCUCCCAAUUAAGGCUGUUGGGGAGAAAGCCAUAGUUUUUUCCCAAUGGACAGGAAUGCUAGAUUUGCUUGAAGCCUGUCUUAAAAAUUCUUCCAUUCAGUACAGAAGACUGGAUGGAACAAUGUCAGUUACUGCCCGAGAUAAAGCUGUGAAGGAUUUCAAUACACUUCCGGAGGUAUCUGUUAUGAUUAUGUCUUUGAAAGCAGCUAGUCUUGGACUGAACAUGGUUGCAGCUUGCCAUGUGUUGCUUCUGGACCUAUGGUGGAAUCCUACAACUGAAGAUCAGGCAAUUGAUAGGGCACAUCGUAUUGGACAAACUCGUGCAGUUACAGUUUUGCGAUUAACUGUAAAAAAUACUGUUGAAGAUCGUAUAUUAGCCCUCCAGCAAAAGAAGAGAGAGAUGGUGGCAUCUGCUUUUGGAGAGGAUGAAAAUGGUGGUCGUCAGACUCGCCUAACAGUGGAUGACUUGAAUUACCUAUUUAUGGUGUGAAUAUGGAGCUCAAAUUUUUUUGCAGAUGUUUCUUUCGGCAACCCAGAGAUCACCUAUAGGUUCUUUUUCAGCAACUCAGAUAUCUUUAUGCUCCUAGCUGCUGCUUGCGGUUGCAGAUGCAUAUUUUAGCCAUUGCCUGACUAGUUUCAACAAGAUGACAAAGGGAUAUAGGCCUUUUCUAACCAGUAGAUACGUGCAUAGUUGCAGUCGGUGAUGAUCCAUUCUUUAUACAUAUUUUUUUUGUCAGUCUAACAGUGGAUCCUCUCGUUUAGUCGUCCAUUACACUGGGAUGCUACGUAGGUUUACAUUAGUCUGAUAGCAAGUGAAGAUAGAUUUCUAUAGAUAUUGCUUGGAUGUUUUUCAUUUUUCCCCACCUGUAAUUGAUAAAAGGGGUUAUUCUUUUUUCGGUUUUCCUUCA